AUGUCUUUUAAACUGUAAAUGUAGAACAUUUAGAACAAUACACAAUAUUGAAAACAUAAUACAUAAUAUAUUAUAUACAUAAUAUUCAUAAUUUCAUAAUUUAAAUAAUUGCAUUCAUAAUUCAAAAUUUAUGCAGAAAUAAAUAUGUAUUUUGAACAUUAUAUGCAAAUCAGAGUAGAAUAGUAUAGUAAGACACGUGCGAUCUGUAUGCGUCACAGUAUAACGUGUAAGUGUCAUGGAUUCAAAAGAUUUAUGAAUUAUAUUGCAAGGAAUAUUUAAUAAGAUUUUUUAUUGCAAUACUGAACUUUUUCAUUGAUAUUUGUAUAUCCUAACAGAAAACAUUUUAUGAAAUCUGUGAUUGUUGUAUACAUAAGAGGUUAUGUACUGUGCUUAAAUAUUGUUGUAGAAAAACUCUUCAUAAACAUUGUCGUAGUAAGAAUGUAUGUAUUUACAUGUAAGUAUAUUCUUUUCACCGACAGUUAACACAUAUUUGGUUUUAGAUUUUAAUUGAACCAUAAUUCAGAAUGUCCUCUAAUAAGUCUGGCAGUACAAGGAAUUCAAUUCCAUCAAAUGUCCAAAUAAAGGUAGAACCUGGGACCUCCUUGCCCGUAGCUAUACAAAAUAUUAAAACAGAACCUGGUUUAUCAGCCACAACUAGAUUAACUUCUUUCCGUUUACCAAGAGAUUUAACAUUAGGAGGUAACAUUAAGACUGAGAAACCCAAGAAAGUAUAUAUACCAAAUUUAAAUGCUCAAAGAAUAAAGAAAAAGGAGGAUGUAACACAAAAUGAUUCUGUAAAAUCUUCAGAUAAAGAUCAGAAGAGAGGACGCAGUAUUAUUGAUAGAGGACGUGACAGAGGACAUGGAAAAAAAUCCAGCAAUUUGAUUCAAUCUAGUGGUAUCUGGUCUACUGGGAUAAUGACUUCACCAGGAAAACGCCAUAGUAGUAGUUCCAGAGACAGUGAUAGAAGCUCUCAAGCAUCUUUAGAAAAACCAAAAUUAGAUCUGAAUCGUAGUGUUGAUAAAGCUGAAGAGGAAGAAAAAGUAAAAUUGUUACUAAGGGAUGAUUUUAUUGAUGAUGGAGAUUCUCUAAACAUUGAAAAUGCACCAAUUCUUUUACCACUAAUCAAAGAAGUAUUAUCACCAAAGAAGGAACUUAAGACGCCCAAAUCUAGUACAGAAACGAAAGAUGAAUUUCUAGAUAACAUUCCUAAUAUUGUUGAAAAUAAAACAAACUCAUACAUCUUAAUGCAGUUUCCAGAUUGUUUACCAGGUCUAGUAAAUGGUGUAGAAAACACUAGACCUGGUCGGUCAAAUAUGUCAAAUUAUGAAAAAGAAAGCAAACCCCAAACGGCAUUUUGUACUUUAAAUAGCUUAAAACCUGGCAUUUUAGGAAAAUUACAAAUCUUGAAAUCGGGUAAAACACGUUUGUUAUUAGGAGAAAAUAAUUUAGUUGUUGAUGUUGGAUCACAUCUUACAUUUCGGCAAGAUCUUAUUGCCGCAAAAUUGGAUACUGAAAAUUUAGUCGGUGAAUUAAUUAACCUAGGUCCAGUUAGCAGUAUGCUUUUAUGUACGCCCGACUGGGAAUCAAUGUUGGCUAAAUUGUAAAUCAAUUUUUAAUAUGAAUAGAUUUUUAUUAUAUAUUCUUUAUUAUGUAGAUUAUAUAAAGCAUUUACGGGAAAGAGGAAGAAGUUUUAA